AUGAUGGCUACAGGGAAAGACUCUGUUAAGGAGGUGGAGAAAUUGGGUGUUAAAAACCCUGAAAAGGGGAAGGUGUUGAGUAAAAAGAAGAAUGUUAAGAAAGAUGGAGAUGAGAGUGAAAGUGGGUUUUGGUUCAGAUUCAAGCUCAUGUUUAGUUGCAUCUCUUCUAGAUCAAAAGUUGAUAGUUCCAUGAAUGCCACUACAGUUAUUGAACCUAAGCAUAUUAUUGAGAAACGUGAAGGUCAUCAAGCUCCGUCUAAAGAUGUUAGUUGUGCGGAGAGCGGUUCCUCAACACCUCUAAUGAGUGGGGAGCUGAAGUAUUCCUCUAAGCUACGGAUUUUCAUGUUCAACGACCUCAAGUUAGCCACUAGAAAUUUCAGACCAGAGUCUCUUCUUGGCGAAGGUGGCUUUGGAUGUGUUUUUAAAGGAUGGAUAGAGGAAAACGGAACGGCGCCGGUCAAGCCCGGUACUGGUUUAACUGUAGCCGUCAAAACACUGAACCCAGAUGGCCUUCAAGGGACUUUACCUCUCCCUUGGUCUGUCAGAAUGAAAAUCGCGCUUGGUGCAGCUAAAGGUCUAGCCUUUCUUCAUGAAGAAGCUGAGAAGCCAGUUAUCUAUCGUGAUUUCAAAACAUCUAAUAUCUUACUAGACGCGGAAUAUAACUCAAAGCUCUCUGAUUUUGGGCUUGCGAAAGAUGCUCCAGACGAGAAAAAAUCCCAUGUAUCAACCAGAGUCAUGGGAACAUAUGGUUAUGCAGCCCCUGAAUAUGUAAUGACUGACAAGAAGAGGUUUUACCGGCUAUUAGAUCCUCGCUUAGAGGGUCACUUCUCGAUCAAGGGUGCUCAGAAAGCCACGCAAGUAGCGGCGCAGUGCCUUAACCGUGACUCAAAAGCUAGACCAAAGAUGAGUGAAGUCGUCGAAGCCUUGAAGCCGUUACCAAACAUGAAAGACUUUGCUAGCUCUUCUUCUUCUUUCCAAACAAUGCAGCCUGUUGCCAAGAACGGUAUCAGAACACAAGGAGGAGGGUUUGUGUCGAGAAACGGACCGCCUCUGAGGAGUCUGUCUAGCCUAAACCUGCCACAAGCCUCGCCUUAUCGUUAUGCUCGCCAGUCACCAAAGCCUAAAGGAAAAGAGCCAUGA